AUGGCAGGUGAAGAGUCCGCUGCCGUUUCUCCACAAGUUUCUUCAACAGCUGAGAUUGCUAGUAAUCCAGCCGAAACACUGCCUGCUGAAACCAAAAGUGCCUCUAAAGCUCCUCAGAAUGAUUUAGUUCAAGCACCUGUGACAGUAACAUCAACAGCGCCCCCUAUCUUAACAGGAACAACAGCAUCAGUUCCACAACAGCAACUCAUUGUAGCUGAGCCCCAAUCAAAAAAUUUAGCAGUUCCUGCCUCCAUGUCACAUCAGCAACUGACAAAUAUUGUCAGAGCACCAUAUACAGCGUCCCAUUAUCAACGUGCUAGUGGAGGUGGAGGAGGCAUUCUAGAUCAUUUAAUGUAUCGAUUAGGAUUAGGUCCACCACCUAUCUCCUCAUCUUCAAAAUACGGCAAUGUCUUUACACCAGCUAUCACGGAUCCAUCGGCGCUCCAUUCACAGCAGAGGUCUAUCUUACCACAGCAAAUGCCACAUCCGAUGCCUUCUGCUUCAGUAGGAGCUGCGUCUGCUUCGGCGCCAUUGCUUCCUGGUGGGCCUUCAAAGUCAAUGACAGUAGGAACAACAUCUGCAGAAGCUCACUCUGCUAUGCCUCCUCCAUCUCAGAUAGCAGCACAACAGCAUCAAUUAUCUCAAACUGCUGCACAACAUCAACAACUUCAUAAUAAGCAGUUACAAUCAACUGGAGGACAUCCGUUAGCGUACAACAAUCAGCCAGCAAUUCCCAUGGCGCCUUAUGAACAACAAGUCCAGGCACAAGCACAAGCACAGGCGCAACAACAAGCAUUGGCUAUGAUGCUUAUGUUGGACCAACAACAGCAACUACCAGCACUACAACAGUCAGCCAUCUUACAGCAGCAAUUGCAUCAAAAACAACAGCAACAGUUGGCAGCAGCGGCAGUUUUGAACCAAAUGAUGAUGCAAAUCACUAAUUAUAACAACACUAACAGCACGGUACAGCGUAGUGCUGUUCCUGUAUUGCCUUUUAAUUACGGUCUUCCGCCUACUGUCAAUAAUAGUAUGAUGGUAGACCCCUCAAUUUUUUCAAUGCAAGCACAACAACAGUUUCGGCCGCCGCAUUUACCAUACAAUGACCCUCACCUUGUUAAUCCAUAUUAUUCUCUUCAUGCUUAUCAGCAGCAGCUGCUACAGCCAUACGAUUACUAUGGAAAUAAUAAUAGGCUACCUCCAGAAUUAAUACCAUCUACAGCAGCUACUAAUGCUAUUCCUUCCUAUUACUAUAAUCAACCGUACUAUCGUACUACUUCUUAUCCUACUACUAGUAUGACCGGAAGAACACGCAAUUAUAGCUCUGUAAAGGAUUUGCGCGGUUAA